AUUGAAAUUCUCUCUAGUUUCCUAGAGCAUCUCUCUCUAAGUUUAGUGUCUUUUCUUUAAGAGUGACUUCUUAGCGAGAGUCCUUCUGUUUUCUUUCCCGUUAUUGCUGCGCUUAAUCUGAACCAUAAUCCAUCCAUCUUCCUAAAUACUAGGAAAUUGGGACCAUUUUUUAGACCAACCAAAGAGGAGGAGUCGAGAGUCCUAAAUGACAAAAGCAUCCUAGUGGUAGGAUAGUUCAAGGACUGGCGGGGGAAUGCUUUCUUAGAAGAGGAGAUAUAGAGCUGGAUAUACUCGUCUUGGAGGUUUAGAGGUUUGAUCAUCGUGGAGAAAGUGGAGGGCCUCUUUUUGUUAAGGUUUACCAAAGAGGAUGAUUGUAAUGCUCUCCUUAGAUACGGAGAUGGGAAUUACAAGGGUGCCUUAAUAAUCUUUAAGAGAUGUCUGAUCGGUCAUGCCUUAAGAUCAAUGAACUUUGAUGGUGCUUAUCUGUGGGUUCAAGUUGAGGGGUUGCCAGUUCAUUUCAACAUAGUCUCUAUUGCGAGCAUAGUUCUUUCGAGGAUAGGACGUGUGCUCUAUUUUGAUAGUGAAUCUUUAAGGCCUCUUUUGACAGGAGCCUUUAGGGCAAAGGUCUGGCUAAGCCUGAAUAGACCCUUAAUCCCAGGUUUCUAUUUCGAGUUUGAGCAGGGGAGUUUUGAAUGGGUGGAUCUUAGGUACGUAUGAAGGAGAGUUCGUUCUUUGUAGAAUUUGUGGGAAAAUAGGGCACAAGGAAAAGUACUGCAAGCUAUGUCCUCAGAAAUGGAGUAUAGAAUUUCAAGCGGCAAUGUAUGCAGCAUGUGACAACUACGGGGAAAUCAGAGUCGAUCCAACUUACUUACCCCUCUACACGAAUAAAAUUAUGGGCUUAAAGCGUGUAGAAAGAAAUAGAACUUCAAAGCUGAAUCUAAUUGAGGUUAAUGAUUUGAGAGAAAGCAGAGGAGGUAGUGAAUCGGAGAUGGAAUAGUCCCCGGAAACGCCAGAAGAAUCGAAUGAGUCCAGCUCAGAGGAUGUUGAGAAAACAGGCACUACUACAAAAAGAGUACUUUCUCGACACUGGGCUUCGACGCUAGACUGGUAGUGUCAGCUCUGAAAUACUAUGCGUGUUUUACCGACGCUUUUUAGCGUCGAGAAACUCUACCACGUGACUAACACGUGAAUUCAACACCCACAAUUUCAAAAUUUAGGAAAAAAGAAAAAACAAACCAACCCCUUACCACUCAGUGACUCAGUUAUCAACCCUAACUAUUCUUCUCAUCUUCAUACGUAAUUCUACAAAGAGGCUCAUGGAACCAUGAAUUUCAAACUCAAAUCUUCGCUCCUCUGUGAAUCAAAUUCAAAUUCAGAUCUUCGCCCUUCUUGAAUCAAUUUCAAAGCGUGCUACAUCAGUUUCAAAGUUACAUUUUCGUCCGUCGUCCCUCUCUAUUCUAUUUCGAAAUGAGUAAAAAUUUCAAGGUUUCUUAAGUCUGGUGGGUUGUGGUAAUCGGCUCAGGUGGGUAGGAUGUCGGAUCUGAGUAUGGAGUUGCAGGAAUCUGGGUGGGAAGAGCUCCGAAAAGAAGCCCGAAAGAUUGAAGGUAAUCUUGAUGUUAAGCUUUCUUCUUAUGCUAAGCUUGGUGCUCGUUUUAGCCAAGAUAUUUUAUUUUCGUGGAUGAAUCCCCUCAUGGAGCUUGGUUAUAAAAGACCAUUAAAAGAGAAGGACGUAUGGAAGCUAGACACAUGGGAUCAAACUGAAACAUUGAUAAGCAAUAGCAGGAUGGCUCGAAAGAAAUCGCAAGUGCACGCAACGGACAAUUCUGAAUGCGAGGAAGAAAGAGGUCGUACUGUGCUCAGAAUGGUUGGGAGAGCUAUUCAGGUUGGCACAAAAAUCCCUUUACAGUGGCAUACAACUCGGAGAAUCCCUAUCGGUGUUCAUAGAGGUCAUUUCUCCACCUACAUUGGUGUAUUUGUCCGUGAAAAAGUGAGCAUCACCUACAGAAAGUGGUCAGACCUGCCAAAAGCACUUCUUGAUGAUUUGUAUGACAAUAUUUCGAGGGGGUUUCAUAUCCUUGAGGAUCGCAAAGGUUGGAUUAUGAAACAAGCUUGCGUUCGAUGGAGAGCUUUCAAGACUAGAUUAAGGCUCAAGUGGUUGUACCUGAAAGAUGGAACAAUCAAUGAUUCUCUACCAUUGAAAUAUCCUUUCAUAUGUAAAGAUGAUUGGGAAAAAUUCAUUCAGGCUUGUAAUUCUAGGGACUUCAAGAAAUUGAGUGAAAGAAAUCGUGAAAGUUCGAAGAAGAGGACCUCAAAAUAUCGAGGUGGGAGACUUGGCUAUCAAUAUUUUGAAGAAACAAUUAGGUGUUGGAUCUGGAGUAACUAACACAGAGUACUUUGGGUUCAACAAACCACCUGCACCUAGCGAAGUCAAUGCUAAAAUGAAUGCGAUGAACUCAAAGAUGGCAUCUAUGAUGAAGCAGCAGAAUUUUAUAGUGUCAUUCAUGAUGUCAUGCUUGAACCAAGAGCAAUUGAGAGCAUUCAUGGCUGGUGGUGCUCAGUAAGGUGUUUUUGGUGGUGACAUUGACACUGCAGGUUUAGGUGGCCUGCUUGGUGUUUCUGGUAAUAAUUUCUGUUUUGGUGGCGACUCCAAUUGUUCUACAAACCAAGGGGCAGGUGGUAUUAUGUUCAAUGAUGCUCAUAUAGACAACACUUUUGGUCAUGAGAUCCCAUUGACACAACUCUUAAUUGGAGGUAUGGAACGCCAUGAUGGUAAAGGGCCACAAUUUAGACACGAUUCACCAGGGGAUAAAUCUCAUGAAGGGGCCUACUAUGCACAAGAAAUUGAGUCAAAUGCAGAAGCUCAUCAUACAAACAGCCCUAUUGUGCAUCAGCCUCAUCUUCAGAACCUUGAGACAGAGCCAUAUCGUGUCCAAUGGCCUGAGGUGAACCAUAUCGAUCAAUCUGCACAUACCACAACCCCCGCACAGCUAAGUCAAGUAGUGGACAUCAUUAGCACCCAUACAUUUCCCGAGGGAUGGAGUGAUUGUUGCUUGGCAAUUGAGGGAAGAGACAAAUCUGUACAAGUGGUUGCUAACGGAAAAGUCCUCAUAGAAAGCAGCACCGAAGUUCUUGGCAAUCAUAACACAUCGUUGCCCCCUGGUCAUCGUCGAGUCACCAUUACAGAAGAUAUUGUGCCAACUGCUCCUCUGCCAUGCCCAAACGAUGAAUUGCUUUUUGUAUGUCAUGCUAAGAGAUCUUAUACAGCUUGGCCUAAUAAUUUGAUUUUCCCCAAAAAGCGGCAGCAGCCCUGCCUA